AUGCCGGGCGGUUCCACGGCCUCAGUAUCGACUCUCGAGGAUAUGGACAACAACAGCAACUCCGACCCCCUCCCAUAUGUUCUCGCAAGGCACAGCAGUCAUGAUUGCUACUUCGACAUCAAAAUCAUCCAGGCUGAACUCGCCACCUUCCAUGGCAGACCAGCGUAUCAGCUGCAUUUCAAACUCGACUUUGCCCGGCCGUUCGAGGCGUCGAAGCGCAUCCGAUCAGCCGUGGUCAACGUCGAUGUUUCCGCUCAAAAAUCAGACCCCGGGCGUCGUGGACCAACCAUAUCUGCCAUCGACCCCGAAGCAAGUCUCGUAUACAUAGCCGACCAUGAGAUCGCUUCCGGCCAGAAUGUCGGCGUCAAUCUAGGGGCGCCCGGUCCAGCAGCAGGCGCCAUCAGUGUCAGUGCAGGACUGUCCUGGGGCGACAAGACCACGUUCAAAGGCUCAAGGCUGAUCCAUGGCUUUCUUCCAGCCUCGAACAAGGCUCAGUGGAAAAUGUAUGAGGAGCGCAAAAGCAAGAGUGGCUUGCCUCCAUCCGUGCGACUGAUGAUGAUCGUUGAAACUGAUACGAGCUUUCACGUCAGCGCAGAUGUUCUGGUGCAGCGUUGGAGUGGCUGGGGCCCGUUCGGAGCGGUGAAAAGCCUCAGGUCAUCGACGACGGUUGAGACUCCCCAAGUCUAUCUGGUGCGACGCAAGCGAGCGCCAUAUACGAGUGAGAGCGCACUCAUGGUUUCCGACAAUGUUACGAAAGUGCUCAAAGAGAGUGAGGAGAGGAUGCAGAUCCUGGAGAGCAUCAUCGACAGUAAUUUUCCACAACUCAACUUGAAGGCUGUUUAUGGCCCUGGCAUCGCCAUUCUGGUCCUACGGCCCCUAAAUCAGCUAUUCGACCGGAAACAGCUCCUGGUCCCAUUCCAUGCUCUCUGUAGACUUGGCAGGGCGGAUGAGCAAUUCCGAGCGACUGACACGAACGGAUUAUUUGAUGCCGCAGCUGUGUCAGAUCCACAUGCAGCAGUGCGAGCGGAUGAAAAGACAGGCUCGGUCUACAUCGAGGACCACAUGUCAACGGGUGGGAUCUUCGUCAACGGGCAGCAGCUUGCGGCAGGGCAGUCGUUGGAGUUACAUAAAGGCGAUGAGCUCCAGCUCGGCACCGACAUACUCGACGACGACGGGGCUUCAAUCAAACAUCCCAAGCUAUUGGCGAGAGUUGAGUUCGCCGGACUGCUGAGCCGUGUAUCGUCAGAGGAUGCUUUGGACCUGGGCAUGCUAGCCAUACCUCAGAACGCAGGCCAGUUUGGAGCCAGCCACAUACUCCGUGCUCGAAAAGAAGCAGUGCGUAAAGACGUCGACAACAAGUUCGAAAUCUGGAAGUUGAUGAUGGCGGACGAGGAACAGGAAGACAUGCUCACGACCCUUGAGGCCCUCGUGGAUCGCCGAAUAGAAGCACUGGAUCUCAAUGUCUUUGCUUCCUUGGACUCUCCCCGCCCCAUGAUGCUGAUAGAAAGGAAGAGAAUCUCGACACCUCCAGCUUUCCUUCGAGAAUCGAGCCCUUCUUCCUUCCAGUCUCCUCACGCUCCCUCGGACGAUUCUGCUGGUACAGAGACUCCCCGUCCUCCGAGUGAGAGAAUCCCGACACCUCCAGCCCCCAGACCUCCUAGAGAAUCCAGCCCUUCUUCCUUCCACUCUCCCCACUUUGUCCAGGACGAUUCUUCUCCGAUUGUGAUAGAAGAGCGGAGGGCCCCGAGCCUUCCAGCUCCCCGGGCCUACGUUGAAGAAGAACGUGUCAUCAGAGACCGGCCCUACGUUGAACAACGUGCCAUCCACAGAGAAAGGGCUCCAGAAAUUUACAUCCGACGUCAGAACCAUACCAUCAGAAGGACUCGAGAGGGUGGUGCACCGAACCUACUUGUGCCCAAGGUCCCAACGGCCGAAGAAGCCCUGGCGAACCAUCGCGCUGUCGGGAGAGACUGGCAGGAGGCCAAGUUAUGA